UUGUAAACAGAGACAGUGGGAGAGACACUUUUCAAUAGAGAUUUGGUCCCGGGGGAGCCCUCCCCAUUGAAGAUCGCUGGGAAGGCCUGGCAGUGUCACAGUUGGAAAUCCAAUCCUACCUUGUCCUGGUGAUAUAUAAAGUAAAAAUCCAGGAGAAAUGCAACUCACUGACACAGCAUUCAGUCAGACUGACCACCAAACCUGCAGGCUUUCAACAUGGCAACAAUUCUCUUCUGCAGAGGAGUGGUAGCUACACUGAUGAUUCUGCAUUCAGCCAACACAGCAUUCGACCCAAACGUCUGCGUGGGCAAACCAAGCCAGUUCUUUGCUGAUCCCACAGAUGUAAAGGGUUUCUAUAGCUGUGAAGGGGGACACACCGUCCACCACAGCUGCCAAAAAGGGGAAGUCUUCGAACCAAAGGUUGGAAACUGUGUUGUUCCUCUCACUGCCCCCAGCCCUGGCUUCUGCAUCCUGAAACAUGACAGCAUCUACAAAGACCCCACCAACAAAGCCGGCUUCUACAAGUGUGUGAGCGGAGUUACGUUUUAUCAGAUCUGCCAGCGCCCCCUGCUGUUUAACUCCAGCGCUUCAACGUGCGAGCCCGAGGCCAGCCCACAGCCCCACACCGUAACCAUGCCCCCUUUAAAACUCUGGAGAAUGAGGACCAGACGUUCGCCGAUCACCACAGCAAGGAAGGAAACCAGAGAUAGGCCGUGUACUCAGAAGCCGUAUUUGUGUUAAGAAAAUGGUCAGGUUAGCAGAUGCAAUCCCAGUGCAAUCUGUGUAUAGGCUAAUGAGAGGCUAUGAGAAAUUGCAACGUGAAAUGUAAAGGCAGUUAUCAUGUUUAACAUCAAGAGCAUGGCAAACAGAUACAAUACAGAUGGGCAUCAAGGGCCCGGUUUUGAAUGAAGACCCUAAAUACAAUAUCAUAAGAAAACCUGUUACACUUCAUUCUAUUGAUCCACUGUUAACCAUGACCAGUUGCUAACUAAUUACAGAGCUAAUUGAAAUGUAAUCAGUAGAUGAUUUAUGAACCCAAAGCACAUAUAAUUACCUACUAAUUACUAUAUUGUAGCCCAAUUAGUUUGCAAUUACAUGUUUAAUUAUCUAAUGGAUAAGUAUGUACCUAAUCAUCUCAUAGCUGUUAUACAGCAGAAUUAAAUUGCUGUUAUGUGUUUGCAAAUUGCUGUUAUGUGUUUGCUGUUUUUGUUUGUACUAUGCUGUGCAUUUACUGUGCUUUACCGUCGUUAAGCAUGUUUUUCAAAUGAUUUAUCACAGCUGCCUGUGAUUUACCAUGCAAUAACUAUGCUUCCCAGUGGUUUGCCAGUGGUGUGGAUUCAUGUGUGGAGUGGAAUGACGAUAUCUGUAUAUUCUGUACAGGCCUUCAUAGGUCAUUAGAUGAUUGCAGUGGAUUAUUUUUUAAGGAAUCCGAAUUAACCAUGAAUAAUGUAAAAAUCAUCAUAAUCACACCCUCUCCUGAUAAUAAUACGCGUGCGUGCGACAUUGCCCGCUUCAAUCUGAUUCUGAGCUCCUGCGCAAUGUAAUACUUACGCUUGUAUUGUUACAUUUUGUUAGCUACAGUUACUCGAGAUGUGUAUUAUUUUUGCUGUUAUCGACAGAGCCGUCUCAAGGCUCCCGCGAAGCCCUGACCCUACUCCACAGAAUCUAUCUCGUAGCGACACGAUGCUCCACGGCAAGCUGAUUGGCAGCCUCUUGGUGGUGUGUUUGGUGGCCAUGCUGGCAGAGCAGACUGAAGGAUUUCUCAGCUUCUUCAGCCCCAGUGACAUGAGGAGGAUGAUGGAGAUGGAGAAGAGCAAGACAGGGAAGAAGUCCGUGAGAUCGGGGGAGACAGAGUCUGAAGAGCUGGCCACUCCAGAGAGAUACAUGGAGGAGAAGGCUGCCAGGCUGGGCACCCCCCUGGAGAUCGGGGUUCGACUGAGCCCCCGGCAGUUUGACAAGUACGGGGCGGCACUGGGGGAGAUACUGAACGAGAUGCUGGAGGAAGGUGGGAAAGCUCAAUAAGCACAAGAGCUUUAUCAUCACUGCAGAUGGGUUCCUGUGACAUCGUCUGUCGUCUGCACAUCAGCAGCAAGAAGAACUAAAAAC